ACUUUAAGCAGAAAGGUGACGCACACCUCGCUUUAAUGGCGUAUAUAUAUACACACACACACACACACACACAAGACGGACAUGACAUGAGAUGAGAUGAGAUAUGUGUUUGCACAGCGGAUUAGUCAACUGCAUUAAACCCCGACAGCUUUAAUAUUUUUUUGUGUGAAAGCAAGCGAGCAGAAAAUAUUGAGCAAGAUCGAGGCAUCAGUCACACACUAUUGAAUGAAGAAUCUUUUCCCAGUCCUCAAUUCUCGAUCCUAACCACAGAAGAAAACACACUAAAGCAGAGUCUUCUCUCUGGUGGUGCGCAGUAGUCAGGCUCUGCCAUGCCCAGGGCGUGACCCCUCGUGUCUCCUUCUCCUCCUCCAUCAUGAAGCUAAAGCAGCGUGUGGUGGUGCUGUGCGGUGUGCUACUGCUGCUGGGCCUGGCCAAGCUCUUCCUGCUGGACGGAGGCGAAGGCUCAGCUGCCAGCCGCCGUGACCUGCGUGCUUUCCGCAAGAUGGAGGCGAGCCUAGCUUUGGCCAAGAAUGCCCGCCUGACCCACACGUUACAGUCACCCUGGGAGGUGGCGGCACAGUGGGUGGGGCCGCGUGAGGUUUACCCAGAUGAGACACCUGAGCUGGCUGCUGUGUUCAACGCCCUGAUCAGCGCCCGCAUCCAGAGGGCCGACGUCGGCUACAAAGGCACCCAGCUGAAAGCACUUCUGGUGCUGGAUGGAGGACAGAAAGUGGUGUUCAAGCCCAAGAGGUACAGCAGAGAUUACGUGGUUGAGGGAGAGCCCUAUGCAGGCUAUGACAGACAUAAUGCAGAGAUUGCUGCUUUUCACCUGGAUAGGAUCCUGGGCUUUAGGAGAGCACCCCUCGUGGUGGGGAGAUUUGUGAACCUGCGCACAGAGAUAAAGCCUGUUGCCACAGAGCAGCUACUGAGCACAUUCCUUAUGCACGGCAAUAAUACGUGCUUCUAUGGGAAGUGUUACUACUGCAGGGAGAGUGAGCCUGCAUGUGCUGAGGGUGACAUCAUGGAGGGAUCGGUGACUCUCUGGCUCCCUGACGUCUGGCCACUGCAGAAACACAGACAUCCCUGGGGACGCACAUACAGAGAGGGCAAACUCGCCAGGUGGGAGUAUGAUGAGAGUUACUGUGAAGCAGUGAAGAAGAUGCCUCCGUACGAUGCUGGUCCUCGCCUCUUGGACGUGAUUGACACAUCGGUUUUUGAUUACCUCAUUGGCAAUGCAGAUCGGCAUCACUAUGAGAGUUUCCAAGACGAUGGCGGAGCCAGCAUGCUGAUUCUGCUGGACAAUGCUAAAAGUUUCGGGAACCCAACUUUAGAUGAAAGAAGCAUUCUGGCUCCCCUCUAUCAGUGCUGCAUGGUACGCGUGUCCACCUGGAACAGAUUAAACCUGCUGAAGGGCGGAGCUCUGAGUUCGGCAAUGCGUCAGGCUACGGCCCACGACCCUGCCGUCCCAGUUCUGACCGAGCCUCACCUUGCUGCACUCGACCGGCGUCUCAGCAGCAUCAUAGCCAACAUACGCCAGUGCAUAGAGAUGCAGGGAGCAGAGAGCACACUUAUUGAAGACCGCAUGAACCUGCCUCACCCCUAAACACACCAGAAAGAGAGGGAAGGGAGGUAGCAUUUUAAAUUAAAUUGAAUGCUGCCUGUCGGCGCAUGCCUUUUAGAGGCUUACUUCCUGCAUUGCAAGGAGACCUUAAAAACUGCUGGAAGUUACCUCAACUGAAGCAGGAAGUUGUUUCAUAACUCAUGAACAGUGAUGUAGACUCUGGCAUCUCUGCAAACCAAAAAUGCCAUUUCCUCAAUCUCUCUCUCUCUCUCUCGCACACCUCUCUAAUCUAAUCUUUUUCUCAACAUGCAUCACACAGUAGUAAUAUGUUCACGAUUCCCUUGCAGCAUUCUUACUUGGCCUUGUAAAAUUUCUUUCUAUGAAAUUUUUUUUUCUCUCUCUCACUGGUUACAUUUUUAACAAGUGGCCUGUCACGUUGAACAUGCCUUGGCCUGUAUGGGCUCAGGGACAUUCCACAGCAGCUGUGUGGGUGUUCGCAGGCCCGGGCUGUCCCAUACUGUUAUCAAAGGCAGCACCAGUGAAAUUGUCACUGACCUCACAAAUCAAAGCAUUCACAGACUACCUGAGGAUAGACUGUCUACAACCAGAUUGUAAAUAAGCAACUAUUUAAUAAUAAUACUGAUAAACAAAUGAAUGGUUUUAAUGAUUUAAAAGAUUAAUAUUGAGCGGUGUUGUGCGGGUUUGACUGCUUUAAAAUGGUGCAGUAUGAUUUCUGGAUAUAAACGGGUAGUGGGUGGAAGAAGGUGCUACUGAAGCUCAAAAAGAUGGACAGAAUGAUAGCAUGGAAAAUUGUAGGGGAGGGGUAUUCACACUUCUCCAUCAGUGUGGCUACAUGUUUUCAUCAAAACCAAAUAGAAGAUCUAAUAUUGAUUUAAAGACCAAGAGCAUCUAAUUAAAUGAGCAGAAUUUGGUGUCACUCCUGUUUGUUUGGACUGAAAGGCUAUAGCCAGAUCAGCCAUUUCCUCAUAAGAUUGAGGGUCCCUGCUGUGUGAAGAUCUUUUGAACAUUAAAAAACAACAACUUGAAAUCCAAUGUUUCCCUCAUUUACAUGCCAUUUUUACCAGGAAAUUUCUACCUCAUCAAUUUACCAGUCUUCAUUAAUAGUUGGUAGAGGUCUGACAAGGUCCUAAUGAAGCAGGUGGUUAUUUAAAUAUUUAUUAUAUGGGAGCAUUGCUGUGCUAUUGAACUGUCCCACCUCGGGGCAAUGAUGAGCAGCUAGCUUGCAGGAGUACAUUUUUUCUGUUAUGGUUGCUGACCUCAUUAAGGCACUUUCACUCAAAUUACUGGAAACUUAUGUCAUGUAUUUAUUCGAUUCAUGAUUGAGACUGAAACCUGGCAAGAUUACUUGUUUGGGCUCUAUAAAUAUUUCUUGUUCGAUUAUAGGAUUUAUUCAAACCACAUCGCUGCCCUGAAUAUCACAUUAUAUCAAGAGCUUGGUCUGUUUUCAAAGUGGGCUAUGGAAUUUCCAAACUGUCUUCCGACAGCAAAUCAUCUCCUUACUUUGCCCCUCAGUCAUCUCUGAAUUGAAUCAGCUGCACAAAUGACUGAAGCCUCAGCCAUGCUUGCUCAAUUCUGAACUCUGUAUCUGGCCAAUGUUUUCCCUCUCUCUCCAGAUGCGUGUUGUGCCGAGAGCAAGAUCAGCUGCUGGUAGAGACAUUACAUUAUGCUUUGAAUUGGGUUAUUACCGUUCCUGCGGCUUGUGCUGUAAAUAGGUAUAACUGUUAGAGGGACUGCCCUGUGGCCUCUCUAACCCACUGCUGGUAUUUGUGUUUUAGUGUGUCAUUCUUUGAGGUGCCAUGACCUAUGCUGUAUGUGUUCAUGUAAGUUUUGGUUGGAGGAGGUGUUCUUGUGUGUGAACAUUCCAAAUGAGUAAACCUAAACAAAUAUGUAGCCUUUGUAACAGCUUUUAAAAGUGCAAAGGGAAUUUCAUAUACAUUAUGUUGAAUGAAUGUGAUAUAUAUAAUGCAGCAUCAUCCUGUAUGUAAAUUCUGCUAAACUGUUUCAUGCUCCUAGUCAUGGAAAGCCACAGCAGUUCACAUCCCUCCUGUGUGGGAGGAAUGUAGAAUAAAUGUAGAAGUUCUGUGAGUUA